AUGGAUGAAACAAAAAAUGAAAAGGUAUUUGAUGGUGGUGAUAAAGAAAAUAAUAUAAAUAGAAAAAAUAUAAAUUUAGAGAAAGAAAAAAAGGAUACUGGAUCAAUAAAUAAUAAUAACCACAACAACAAUUUAUCAGAAAUAAGUGAAGAUACUGUUACAGAUAAUGAUAGUUAUGUAACAUUUUUAACACAAGGAAAUAACAUUGGGUCAUUUUAUAAAAGGAAAAAUCAUAAACCUUUACCACCUAAAUUAGCUUUAUCUUUUUCUGGGGCUGGUUUUCUUGGAAUUUAUCAUUUUGGUGUUAUUCAUUGCCUUCAAGCCUAUGCACCUACAUUAGUAUCAAAAGUACAAAGGUAUGCUGGUACUUCAGCAGGAUCUAUAAUAGCAUCAUUAUUAGCAAUUAGUCCAGAAAUAUUUAAUAAAUCUAUGAAAUUAUUAAUUCAAAUGGCUGAUGAAACAAAUACUCUUGCUUUUGGUGCUCUUACAAAUGGUUUUUCAAUGCAUGAAAAAUUAGUUAGAGCUGUAGAUGAGGUAAUUCCUGAUAAUGUUUCAUCAUUAAAAGAUAGGCUUUACAUAUCAAUGACAAAUGCAAAGACAAAUCAAAAUAUUUUAUAUAGUAAUUUUACAACUAAAGAACAAUUGACGGCUGCUAUAUGUGCAAGUUGUUAUAUUCCUGGUUGGAGUGCACAUUUUAAUGCACCUCAUCCUGUAGUAGAUGGAGUUUCAUAUAUAGAUGGUGGAUUUUCAAAUAACUUACCUGUAUUUGAUGAUAUGGAAACAAUAACAAUAUCUCCUUUUUCUGGUGGGGCUGAUAUAGCGCCUAUUGAUAAUUCAUUACUCUCGUCAUACCUUCCAAUGCAAAUAACAUUUGGAAAACAAAUGUAUUCAGCAAGUUUUGCAAAUAUUCAACGAAUGGGUUAUGCUUUAUUUCCUCCUAAGGGUGAAGCAUUAAAAAUGUACUAUGAUUUAGGUUUUAAAGAUGCUUUUUUAUAUCUUUAUGAAAGUGGAAGAUUAGAAAGACCUAAUGGUACAAAAGUAUAA